AUGGCUCACACAAUUUCACAAAAUAUGAUGUGGAAGAUCAUUUGGAAGACAUUUCUAUUGGUGAAUUCAAACUCAGCACUUCAACCUAACAUCACCCCAUUGACUACUGAACAAAGGUUUGAAGAAGGGGGUAUGGAUCUUGGUGAAAUUAUUGUUCCAGAAGAGAAUUGGUCUGACGUGAAUACACUAACAAGUCAGGAUCUCUUGCAAUUACAUUUAAUAAAACAAGAUGAAAUCAACAAACAUAGCACCCAUUAUGAUUCAAGUCCUGGUGUAUUACAAAUGUAUGAUCAAAACAAACCUUUUUCUCAUUUUGAAGAAGGAUAUCAAGGACAUCAAUCAUCUCAACAUGAAAAUUUAUACAGUAAUCUUGAUACAUACUGGAAUGCUCAUAGUCACCUAGGAAUGUUUUCACAACCUGCUUCACUAGAUUCUUCUCCAGCAAACCCUCUGUGGGAAAUAGAAAAAACCGUACAGCAAAGCAAAGAUAUGAUCCAUAAAACUCCAACUUCAAAAACAGACCUGUAUGAACUUUUGGACUCAGAUAUAGAAACAUUUAAUCCCCAUAAAAGGCCCAAAUUCACAAGACUUGAAAAUAUGUUCUCCUCUAUCAUUGACAGCCAGGAAUAUUCUCUGCCUGGAAAAGGCAGGGUUGUUGAAAUGGAUAUGGCUCAAAGUGUCACUCCUCAAGUUCAAAGCUGCCUGCAAGAUUCAAUAUCAAAACAACCAUAUACUCUGAAUGAUAUUAUUAUAAACCCUUCAAAUAUGGAUCACAAAAGACAGUUUUUCAAGCAGAGCCAAGCUGCCCAGUAUGAAUCUUCAGCUUCACACACCAACCUCUAUGGCUGUUCUGAGAAAAACCAAUUCAACCUUCAUCCCCAUGAUGAAUUCAAACCCACUUGGACUACCAUUGAUGAAAUCAAUAGCCCAAUGAAUGAGGAAAUUCCUAACUUUACCUCUGUAUCAAAGGAUUCAAGGUCACUUGCAGAUUCAAUUCAAGAUCCAUCCCCUACAGUGAACAAUCUCCCAAGAGAUUUUUGGAUGGAAAAGUACAACAUGGGUUUGGAAAAUUUACACAGAAAUUCUUACAUUCAUCUAGCUAAUCUGGAUGGAACAUCAUUACACAAAGGAUUGACAAGAGAAAAGGAGAUAGAAAAUCCCACAAGUGUGCCACAGGAAGAUUCCACAUCAUCAGAUUUGAUUGAUAUUCAUAUUCCUGAAGGACAUGCCCAUUUAAUUUCAAGCAACUUAGGAACCGCACAACUUGAGGAGGCAGUCAAUAUACCACCAGACACGACAACAUCCAUACCAAAGAGCUCUACAAAUAUGGAAAAAGAUCAUUCAAUGAUAACAGAAAACAAGCUGGAACCAAGGCAUUCAGCCAGUGUAAUUGGCUUCAAAUUUGCAGAAAAAUCACCAAUCACAGGCUUCUCAAGAGCCAGAUCAAAUCGAUUGGUUCUAGCACUGCAACGGAUUGGUGAAUUCCUGGUGAAUAGCUCAUCAGCUUUGUGUUAUGAGACAACAAUUUGGUUUGAGAAUCUACGCCAGGAGAUGAUCAAAAAUAAUUAUGAUCAGGAAGAAUCAGCAGUUGAUCUGAUUGACCUAGCAAUCAAGCUUUCUCACCUGAAAAUCACAAUGGGAUUUCUGGGUCUCAUUGGAGUCUUUGCAAACAAUGGAGGUAACCAAUACUCUUUAGAGAUGCUGUUAAAAGAGGCUUGGGAAUUUAUUAAACUUCAUUUUGAGCAAUGGAGGAACUUGAAUGUAAAUGACAAGAACGAAAACCAGGCAAAGAGAAAGGAUUUCAACCAAGAUGACUGGAAAGACCCAAUCUUAUGGUUCCAUUACCUAAGCCGCCUUGAACAACAUUCAGACCUAGCAGUUGAUUCAAUGUACCAUCUUAUGGAUAAAUGGGAUGAUCAAAGAACAACCUCAAGAAUUAAUGCAAAGCCUUUGUUAUGGUACUGUUCAGAGAUCAAAACUUUUCAUGACUCACACUUGAAACAUAUCCAUGGUGGGUUUUAUGGAAGAGGAGAGAUAAGAAACAUUGCAUUCAAGGGUGUCAAAUUGUCUGGAAAAUAUGCUGCGUCACCUGGUGCAUCAAAGGAAGGAAGCUGGUACAAAAUUUACAAGUUUCUAUCCUAUUCUGCACAGUUUCACUCAUCUGUGGGAUUUGAUAUGUGUCAAGAGGUCCACACUUUCUUUGUUUCCUUACUUGAACAUAUGACAAAGUUUCAAAAGGGAAUACUGAAUGAUGAUAUAACAUAUGCUGUAAAGAGACCCAGGGCUAAAAAAGUGUCAUCAUAUAGGAAUCCUGCUGAUGAAAAUGUUGAGAAAAUUGUCAAGGUCAUCAGUAUGGCUGAGUACAGAGUGACUGUUGGUUUCAUAGGUCUUGUAAGAGUCCUCUACCAGAAUGAACUCCCAGUAGUGACACUCAGCUUGGUACUCAAGAGUGCAUGGGAGUUUCUAAAAGGGAUAUUCUCAAAAUGGAUGGACUUUCAAUUUGAGAAAAAUCUUUCUCUGAAUCUCAAUAGGCAGAGUUUGAUUCAACAUAGGAUUACACUAGAUUACACUAAUUCUAAUGACCUAUUCAAUGUGCUGUGGCAAUUUCAAGAUGUUUUACACAACCCUGUCCCAGUUCAUUGCUUACCAAGUCUGUUCCAGUGUUGGAAUAAUCAUUUGGAAAACUUGAAAAAGUUGCAUCCAAAAGAUUUCAAUUUUGAAAUCACAGAUCUGCUCUAUGGGCCACCAUCAAGUUGGUCAAAACGUUUUGAGUGA